CUCAAUGUGGAACAUGGUGGAGAGAACAGAAUGAAACCUGGACUUAGAAAAUAUGUCUGUGAUCUCUGUGAUCUCACACUGGACCUAAACACAGUAAACAGACUCCUCUCUCUGUCUGAGGAGAACAGAAAGGUGACAUGGAGGACAGAGAAGAAGCCGUAUCCUGAUCACCCAGAGAGAUUUGAGGACUGUAGACAGGUGCUGUGUAGAGAGGGUCUGACUGGGCGCUGUUACUGGGAGGUAGAGUGGAGUGGGAGAGGGGCUGGAAUAGGAGUGACAUAUAAAGGAAUCAACAGGAGAGGAGAGGUUCAGGACUGUUGGCUUGGAUACAAUGACAAGUCCUGGAGUCUGAACUGCUCUGACAACAGUUACAGAGCCUGGCACAAUAAUAAACCCACUACCAUAGACGCCCCCUCCUCCAGCCCCCACAGAGUAGGAGUGUAUCUGGACUGGCCAGCCGGCACUCUGUCCUUCUAUAGAGCCUCCUCUGACACACUGACCCACCUGAUCACAUUCACCUCCAAAUUCACUGAGCCCCUCUAUCCAGGGUUCAGGGUUUGGGGUUUUGGCGACUCAGUGUCCCUGAAAUAAUAACCUGACACACACACUGGACUCACACACACACACACACACACACACACUCAAAUUGCACACACACACAGGACAGAGACACACA